AUGUUUCCAACUGUUUCACAGCUGGAUGGUUUUACUGAUGUUUUCGGUGAAACGAUUGAUGAAGUUGCAGAUGAGAACUUCUCGCAACCUCUUUCUUUACCUACCACGUGUGAUACUCCUCCUGAAUCUAACGGAAUUAAUACGAAUGCGGUGGAAACUAUUCGACCUGCGAAACAUACUGGUCAACAUGGAGAGUUUAGGAGUGUCGAAGAAAUAGAUCCGAAAUAUAGGUGUUUAUUUACGUAUCCAUAUUUCAAUUUGGUGCAAUCUAGGAUCAUAGAAGAUGCCUUAUAUUCAGAUAAGUCGCUGGUGGUUUGCGCCCCAACAGGCUCGGGAAAGACCGUGGUAUUCGAACUGGCUAUUCUGCAGCUACUAAUGCAUAUGGAAGAUACAAAUAAUAAUGGAGACUUCAAGAUCAUCUAUAUGGCACCAGUAAAAGCGGUAUGCAACGAACGCCUAACAGAAUGGUACCCAAAGCUUACGAAAUUAGGGCUCCUCUGUAUUGAAGUCACUGGCGACACGGAAGUCGACUUUUCGCAACUAAGCCCAUACAGGGUAAUAAUAACCACGCCAGAGAAAUGGGACAUGCUGACCCGUCGCUGGCGCGACCACCGCGGUUUGGUCGAAAUGAUAAAGCUAUUCCUCAUCGAUGAAGUGCACAUACUCAACGAUGAGACUAGAGGGCCCGUGUUAGAAGCGGUUGUUAGCAGGAUGAAGACUGUUGAGUCAGCAGCCCAGUCAGCGCACCGUAUAGAGCAACUCCAGCAGCAAUAUCAAGGAGCUGAGCCUACUUGUAGCGUCCCUCCGAGCAUCAGAUUCGUUGCCGUUUCUGCCACCGUCAGCAAUCCUGAAGACGUAGCCGAUUGGCUCGGGACGAACGAGAAACCUGCGGUAUUUCAUAGAUUUGGAGACGAAUGCCGUCCAGUAAAGUUACAGCGAAUAGUGGAAGGAUAUCCAUGCGCUGAAGGCACCAGCAUAUUUAAAUUCGACCUCAUACUGAACUACAAAUUGUGGCCUAUCAUCCAGAAAUACUAUAACGGGAAACCUACUCUGAUAUUUUGUAACACGCGAAAGAGCGUCGCCCUCACUGCAGAAACUUUGUCAAGAGAGGUGACCGUCAGUUUUAGUCCCGAACAGAAAGCGAAGCUUACGGCGCUAGCAUCGACUUUGAAAAAUAAGAAAUUACAGUAUCAAAGAUACUGA